CUCUAGUUUUAUUAUGCGAUCGAUAACGCGAUGUAUACCACGUGGUUGAGUGUUUAAAUCACCUUUAUAUAAUUCAAUAUAAAAUUCAUCUAGGUUUCAAUUUUAGAAACGGACAAGAUGCCGAAAGUUCGCACGCAAGUUACCUCCCGCGUGCACAAGGAUGUUGCGAGACAAGGGAUUUUGUUCAAUACGGACAAGGGGCAGCACAUUUUGAAGAAUCCUUUGAUUAUUCAAAGCAUGAUUGAUAAAUCUGGUAUCAAGCCGACCGACGUCGUUUUAGAAAUUGGUCCUGGUACGGGUAAUCUGACCGUAAAGCUGCUGGAGAAGGCGAAGCGCGUGCUAGCAUACGAGAUCGAUCCAAGACUGGUAGCGGAACUGCAAAAGCGCACUCAAGGGACUGCGUUUCAGUCAAAGUUAGAAAUCGUGAUCGGGGAUGUGCUGAAGUCAAAUUUACCACGCUUCGAUCUGUGCAUCGCCAAUAUCCCAUAUAAGAUCUCAUCGCCGCUGGUGUUUAAAUUGCUCGCUCACAGGCCGUCCUUCAAAUGUGCCAUACUUAUGCUUCAAAGAGAAUUCGCGGAGCGGUUGGUCGCCAAGCCUGGUGAUAAAUUAUACUGUCGCCUGAGCGUAAAUACCCAGCUCCUGGCACGCGUGCACAUGUUGAUGAAAGUAGGAAAGAACAACUUUAGGCCUCCACCCAAGGUAGAGUCCAACGUAGUGAGAAUUGAGCCAAAAGAUCAGGCACUUCCGGUAAACUACAAGGAAUGGGAUGCAUUAACCCGAAUUGCGUUCAACAGAAAAAAUAAAACGCUGUCCGCAGCUUUCAAACACAGUGGCGUCAUCACGGUGCUGGAAAAGAAUUAUAGGAGGCAUUGUAGUUUGACGAACAAGCUAGUCCCGGAUGACUUUGAUAUCAAAUCGUUGAUAAACCAAAUACUGGAACAGGAAGAUGCUGCAAAUAAACGAGCCAGGACCAUGGACGAAGACGAUUUUAUGAGGCUUCUAUGUGCAUUUAAUGAUGCAGGUGUGCAUUUUGUAACAGAUGUCCGUAAAUCAGCUUAGAUUAUAUAUUAGUUUUUCACUAAGAACUAUUACGAAGAGUAUGUAAAAUAAAUAUUUUCUUAGAAAGUUAUCC